AAAAGGAUGCUCGGGUGCCAGUGAGGGGAGAUUUUCCUGCUGGAGGAUGGGGAGCACGGGGGUGGGAUACCUGGCAGCAGUGGCCGUGCUUUGCGGGGCUCUCGGGGAUGCUCCCAGCAGAGGCAUCAAAUGUGGGGGAGUGCUUUCAGCACCCUCUGGCAAUUUCUCCAGUCCCAACUUCCCGGGGCUAUAUCCCUAUGAGACGGAGUGCACGUGGCUCAUUGUGGUGGCCGAGGGCUCCUCUGUCCUGCUUUCCUUCAGCCACUUCGAGCUGGAGUACCACGACGCCUGUGCCUACGACUACCUCCAGGUCUACAACGGGGCUGCCCGGGACCGGGGCAACCUCCUGGGCACCUUCUGUGGCCACAGCCCCCCGCCACCCUUCUCCUCCGCCUGGCACGUCAUGGCUGUCGUCUUCCGCUCCGACCGACACGUGGCCAAGCACGGCUUCGCCGCUGUCUACUGGAAAGAUGCCUGUGGCGGGCAGCUGACGGGGCUGUCUGGGGAGAUCACCAGCCCCCGCUACCCCGAGAGCUACCCCAACGAUGCCGAGUGCCGCUGGAACAUCGGGGGGGCCAGUGGCGGUGGCCCCCUCACCCUGGUGUUUGCUGACUUCCAGAUGGAGGGGGGCCAGGGCUGCAGCUUUGACUACGUGGCCCUUUUCGACGGCCCCACUGUCACUGCCCCCCGCCUGGGACGCUACUGCGGCAGCACCCGCCCACCCCGCACUGUCUCCUCCACCCCACACCUCCUCAUCAUCUUCAAGUCGGACUUCAACAUCGGUGGCAGGGGCUUCAAGGCCCAUUUCUACUCAGGAGAGUGCCAGGAGGUGUUCACUGCCAUCAAAGGGAAUUUCUCUAGCCCACAGUACCCCAGCUUCUACCCCAACAACCUCAAGUGCCAGUGGAGCAUCCAUAUGCCCACGGGCUACCGGGUCAAGGUGUUCUUCCUGGACAUGGAGCUGGAGGGCCGGAGCAGCCUGACGGGUGGCUGUGACUAUGAUCACCUGUCUGCCUUCGAUGGUGGCACCGAGAACGGAUCCCUGCUGGGCCGGUGGUGUGGGCGGGAGAGCCUGGCACCCGUCAUCUCCCGCAGCAACCAGCUGCUCCUGAUCCUCCACACCGACCGCAACACAGCCAAGAGGGGCUUCUCCAUCGCCUACGUGGGAGUUGUGCCCAUGAACAUCAGCUGCACCCGGACAGACUUCCACAUCCAGAUCCCUGUGCAGUCUCUGGCCCAGCUGGAGAGGAAUAGGAUUUAUUUGGGGACCCCCUCCUGUGCAGCCCGGGUGGUUGGAAGGAACUUUAAAAUACACACCAGGUUUGACACCUGCGGCACCGAAUCCCAGAGGCGCAACAACACGUCCGUCAUCGUCAGCACCCUCUACAUCGAUUUUUCAGUGGGUGACCGGGAGGACAUCCACCAGUACGAGGUGCAGUGUGAGCCAAAGAGGAAGGAAGCCUCGGUGACCCUCAUUGCUGGGCCUGACCCAUCCAGGCUCAGCCAGGCAGAAAACCUGGUGGAUGCCCAGCAGUGGGAGGGGGAAGCAAUGGAUGCCCAUGAAAUCAAGAGCCAGGACACCAGUGACAUCAUCUUCAUCAGCAUCUGCAUCCUGGCCGGGCUCCUCAUGGUCAUCGCAGUGGUGGGGCUGGUGCUUCUGUAGGAUGCUGCUUUCCAGAUUUCCAGGGCUUGCAAUCUCAGUCCUGCCCAGGGUGAACACAUACCCCAAAAUUAGCCCUCAGGCCAGGCUGAGCACAACACAGCUGCCUGAACAGAGUCACAGCUCGCAGGCCCCGAAACUGAGCCUGAACCCAACCUCCACCUCCUUCCAGUGCCUGAAAAAUCCAGGCAAUAGGCAGCCGCUUCCCUUCCCAAUUUGUUUUCCUCUGUCUCAAUCUGUCCAUUUGGCUCAGGAAUGCAAUUCUUGCGCUCCCUAACUCUUCCUGCACCUGCUUCAAUUUGUUUUCCCUCUAGUGCUGCUGCUUUCAGGAAAGUAGCGUUGUUUGCCGAUGGCUGCAAAUCAUCCUGUCAAUUAUUUCUUGCUGAAUUCUUGAAGGUACAAACCAUCCCCAAAUAUUGCUGUAUGCCGAACAAAUGUUCUCCAUGCUCCCACCCAUGCUGGGGGGGGACCAUGGAGCUGUGUUGUAGGUAUCUCCACCUGGCACAAACAGAUGUAGCUCACGUAGAUGCUCCCAGGUGGUGUUUCUGGAUGUCUUUGGGUGAUGUGAUGAGAUGAAUUUGCCAUGCCCUGGAGCUCCUCAUUUGAUCUUCACAUGUUGUCUCACCUUCUCUCAGGACUCACUAUGAGUGCCUCAGCUGCCAGCAGCUGGAAGAUUGUUCUCUUCCCCUCCUCUCCUCUGUGUUUUCCUCCUUUCCAGCAUAUUGAGGUGCCCACUGCUGUGAACUCUGUACCAGUCUCACUCCUGAGGUCUGAAAACAUGAGCAAAUCCUGUUGUGGCUUGGCAGGCUGUGGUGCCAUGGAGCCUGAGAUGCUGGAGUGUGGAGGUUUUUGUAAUCCUGUAAAGAUGGCCUUGGCAGGAGGGGCUGGCUUCUCUGGGACCUCAAUGACACCAGACCUCUGCCCCUAGUCCCUGCAGACGGUGAGCUCAGCAACACAAGAGCACAAAAAUAGGAGUCCUGUGGUCACCUGCCCUUCCAGAAAACUGGGGAUCCUCACCAUGAACCCUGCUGGAUGGCUGAAUAGCCCCUGCCUGCCUCUUGUGCCAUCCCAACGCAAAGGACAUUCCCCUUCAGCAUCACAGAGGGGGUGGCUGUCACAGAACAGCCUGUGUUCAUCCUAGUGUGGGUCAGAGCCAGCAUAUGGCAAAGCCACAGGAAAUCUCGCUGUGGAAGCAGGGUGCACACAGCCCUGGGAGCCUGUGUAGGGGCCACCCCCACUCCAGCCUGUGUAAAACAGACUGCGGUGCAGGGAGAGAUCUUAAAAUGUCCCAGCAUAGUUGAUCAGGGGCAAAAAAUGGAGCUUGAGGGCAGUGGGAAAUCCAGGAGCCAUUUUUUUGGUGCUGUCUCUAAAUGUGAAUGAAUCCUAAGGAGGGGACUGAGUAUCUCUGAAAAGCAUUGCACAGCACAGCAAACCCCUCUUGCUGCUGAAUCCAGCAUUUAGCAGGGACUGACAGGAUAGUCCCAUCAGUGAAAGGCUACCCUGACUGAUGUCCUGCUUCCCUCUGGGACAGUUCCGUACAUCAGGGCAUCAGGGGAAGCAGCAGCAAAGGAAAAGGAUGAUGCUUGAGCAGCUUUUCCUCCCAGAUUGCACCAGCCGGCGGAUGCCUGAAAGGGUGUCUGGGGAGGGAAGAAGGCACAAAUCUGCGCAUGCCUCCUAACGAGGAGCCUUCCUUAGGAUUGAUUUGGUGUUUGUUGGUGCAACACGUCACCAAAUGCAAGAUUUCUGAAGGAAAUAUUUGCCGGUCCUGUUAAGCUCCAUUAAGGCAAUGUUUUGAGAGCCUGUUGUGUAUGUAGACGGGAAACAAGGACAGACCCCCCCACGCUGCCUGCAGACCUUCGCUGCCGGUUAAUUGCUGGGUAUAGAACUGUCAGCUUGAGACCACAGUUACAAGAUUUGACAACUGAAAGAAACUUAAAGAUAUAAUUAACCUUCUUGGUGGCCCAGAUUUUGCUGAAACAGGUGAAUGUUGCAGCCGCUCGUGCCUGGUGGGGAGCUCUCAGCACCCAGCAGCAUCCAGCCCUUGCCUGCAGGACAGGCACCUCCUUGCCCAUCUGGAGCCUCCAGCACCUCGCAAUUUGCACGGAAAAAUGCUUUUCUGGGUAGCUGUUGGUAUUGCACUGAAAUAAGGAGUUGGACCAGGUCCCAGGGUCCAACAGCAGAAGGGACCACUGCUGCACUCACCCCAGGGAAGGUUUCCAGCUCUGGCUCUGGUUCAAAGCUGCCUGAGCAUCCCUGGGUGCAGCAUUCACCUGCACACCCCUGUGGAUGCAGGACUGGUGCUGUGGGAGCAGCUCUGCUCCCUGAGCCAAGGGGAUCCCCCAGCACCCCCAGCCUUGCAGGGUGUUAUCCAGGGGUUCAUGGAUGGGGUGAUUAAUGCGACUUGAAUGUUUACAAAAGACUUUUCCCAGCUUGUUUCUGCCCGCAUUUGCAGCUGCAGCUGCCACCAGCAGCGAACCACUCAAACCGAUCAUCCUGCUCUGAGCAAGGAAAGCCUCUGGUGCUGGCUGAACAACGGCCCUCUCAGCCUCCAGUCAUCCUCUUCCGUGUCUCAGACUCUGAUUUUCUCCAUUAGGUUUAGGCAUCCAGUCUCUCCCUGCUCUGCAGGAAUUUGCUCAUUGACAUUCCCUGUUAAACCACCUCUUCCCUGACACACCAGCUGGGGAGGGGGACAGUGCAAGCAUACAGCCCAGGGAGAGGGACUGCCCUGGUCACUUUGUGAAACAAAUCCUUCUCAUGUAAAAGCCGCUCAGAUGAGGGGCAGAGAUAUCAGGAAUCCAUCACCAGUGGUCCUUCCCUCAACCGUGACUGUGGUCCUCACACAUCAGGCCUCAGUUUCCCUCUUUAGCGUUUACUUGGUGCUUCCCAAGCAAGCAGGAGAGCAGCAGGCACAGGCAAUGCUCCUGUUACUCAUCUGAUUAUUUAUUUAGAGCAUGAUGACUCGACUGUGCCGGGCUGGAUGCAGCCACCCCAUUUCCUGGCUUUGCUUAUGGACAUGGAGUCGCGUCUCUCUGGAGCAGACAAAGGCUUUGCUGUUGUGCAGGAGGGAGAGCCUCCAUUAUCCCUCUGCAAAUGUCUGAGUGCAAAUCAAGUGAAGAACUGUUGGAAAAUCGUAGAUCAUAGAAAACAGGACUGGAAGAGCCCCCAGGAGAUCAACUGGUUUAUUCGUCUCCUUCCCUGGGGGAAUUGCUCCCACCGGAGAGAAGCUGAGCUAAAAUAUCCGAAAAAUCCCAGCCAUGCUUCCCAUUUUUUCUCUAUUUACCAGAAGUUUUUCCUGAUGUGUCACCCUGGUGGGGUGUGCUGAAGGGGGCUGUGCUUUUGCACUUCUGAGUUGGACAAAUGCAGCAAGGGUGGAAGUGCCCCAAAAUGGGCACUGCUGCUGGCACAAGACCCUGCUCCCCCUGCCCUGGGGCACUGGGCAGGACUGGCCAUCCCACUGGGGACCCAGCAAGCACAUGAUGUCAUGAUCCACACCACGAGAACCUGGCAGCCUUGGAAAAUCCUGGUGGCACCUGGAGCAACUCCAUUCAGGUGCAACUGUGAUGGCUAUGAGCAGCCGAGAGGAGCCUCACGGUGGGAGGGCUCUGCUAAGGCUGCAAAUUCAGCACAGCUGAAUCCAACCCUGCAUCUGAACCCAGUCUGGCUCAGAGUGUCCCUGAUGGCCCCAGAGCUGUGAGGCUUGGAAGGAAUGGGGUGCAGGAUGGGUGCCAACCUUGCCUGAGCUGGUAUCGAUGCUCUGCUGUCCCCCUGGAGUCACCUGGUAUGAGGCUGAGCAGCACCACAGCAGGGGUUGCUCUGGAGAUUUUUCCCUUUCCCCAGGAAUGCCAGGAAUGCUUCCCUAAUCCUGCAUCCUCUCCUCAAACAUUUAUGGUUAAUUUAGCAGGGACUGGCCCUGGGGCGAGCACAAGGGCAGUUUGUUGGCUGGAGCAGGAGUGGGUUUGCUGCUCCUUGGGGUGAUUUUCUUGAGGACUGGUGUUUAAGGCCAGGAGGCCACCAGCAACUUUUCCACCAAGCCAGUCACAGCCCCCCAGGACCUUGGCAUGGACGGGUUGGUGGGUGUUACACUGAGAGGGGGUCUGUGCUGGGAAGGACAGAGCUCACUGCCCGUGCACCGGGUACUGCAGCUGGAACAGCAGUGGGAAGUUGGAGGGGGUCAUGCCUGGUGGGUACUGCCAGCCCAUCAGCAGGUAGGUGCCCUGGCCGGUGGCUCUGUUUGGGGGAACAAAACCACAGGGGCAGCAAGAGGCUGCUUGGCAGCUUCCCCUGAGCUGCUGGUGAUGGAUUGAGGACAGGUUGGUGUUGGGGAGGAGACCACCAUUAGGUACCACCUCCUCCCCCUCUUCCCUCCCAGCACAGUGAUGGACACAACAGUCCUCGGUCCAUCACAACCUGGGGGAAGCUGCAGCUAAUCCUGUCUGCUAAGGUGGGCAAUGCCAGCCUGCUCCAGGGGUGUGUCUACCUUGGGGAUCCAGGUACCCACUGGAGACCCUGGUCAUAGUGACACAGAUCCUACGGUGGAGGUGUCUCUACCUUGGGGACCGAGGUAGUCACUGGAGAUCCUGGCCGUGGUGGCAGAGUUGAAGAGGCACUAGUCAAGCAGCCCAGCCAUCUGGGAAAACAUAAUGGAUCAAGCAUAUGGACAAUUAAAAAUGCAAUGAUGGCAUUUACCGGGAGCGGUUUUCCCAGCCUAUUUUAAACCCUGUUUCCCGGUCAUCACAGCCCCAGGGACAGCAAGGUCCUCCCCCCCUGCUCAUGGGGAUUUUGGUGUGUGGAGGCUGAGUGGGGCAUUUGCUCCAUGAUGGAAGGGAGUGUUCACAGCUGGAUUUUGAGCUUGCAAUCAUGCCUCUGCAGCAGGUUUGGGGGGUGCAGAUUUGAUCCUGUCUCCUGUCUCCAGCUGGUUCUGCAUGUUGCAGCCCUCCUCCUCCUCCUCCUCCUGUUCCUCCCUCCAUCUGGGACAGGAGUGCAGUGUUUGCAAUGCGAAAAGUUGAGCUGAGGCAAAAUAUUUGCCACAGCAGAAAUGGUUUUGGCUUUUUCUUUUUUUAUUUGCCAUUGGGGCUGGCUGUGCUAGAGGAACAGUGUUUGUCCAUUAUAGGAGCACCCUUUAUAGGGAGAUAACUGCUUGCUAGAUAAUAAUAUAUAAUUAGCAAGGAUCAUUCCAUAAUCUAGUUUAAUUGACAGAGACCAUGGAUGUGGUUCAGGGGCUGCCAGCACAAUUAGGGCAUCAUUAAUUGCAGUGUAACUCUGGCAUAGGCUUCCCUUUUUUUGGAUCCUAUGGCAUAUCACAGACCCUUCGUGCCUCAGUGUCUCAUCCUGUGAGAUGCCAGUUCAUCCUCCUGAAUGGUGCUGGGCUCUGUAUGGAGGAACAGGGCUUUGGUGGCUGUGGCCAGUUGGGCUGGGGAAUUCCCUCCCUCUGCCUCUUCUUUUCUGCUUCCCUCUAUCCCUCCUCUGCUUCAAUUCCCAAUUUCUGCUCCAUCCUAUGAUCCUGCCCUCCUGGUGUGCUAACUUCCUUGGGAGGAAAGUUCCUGCCUGGCCAACCCUUCAUAUCGCAGGGCUGCCAGAGAAGCAAAUGAGAUCUAAAAGUUUGGGUUCUUUGUGCAGAAACCUUUGAAGAGCCUCUUGAAAGAUGAAAAAAGGUGAGCUGCUGCGCACUCUCUUUCCAAAGGACAGGGAGGGUCUUGUCUACUCCCAUCCUGUUUUGCCCAAGUAAUUUGCAGCAGGACAAAGCUCUCCUGAGCUGUGCCUGCUGGUGGGGAAUGGAGCAAGCUGUCACCCGAUGCCUUCCCAAAUUUUUCUCUUCAGA